CUUUUCAACAGAAUGAAACGGCUAUACGACUUCAUACUUUCUUAAUCGCAGAUAUUUAUAUCGGUCUUGGAAUCAAAAUAUAUUUUGUAAGUACAAUUUUACAAAGUAACUAUAAUUACCUAUAAUAAUCUAUAAUAUUUACUUGAGUACCUGUAUAAUGUAACGUUUUUAUAUUAUUAUUUUGAUUUUUCUAAUUUAGUAUAACUUUACUUACGUAUAAUUUUUUUUUCUUUUUAAUGCGCUUCAUAAUUUAGAGAAUCAUCUAAUUUUGUAAUUUUAUGAUUAUUUUCUCUAUUACUGAAAAAUAAAAAUAAUGAAAUAAAUAAUAAAUAAUAUAUUUGACUAUAGAUUCGUAUUUUUAUAUAGGUACCUACUAUUUUUUAUUUAUACUAUACAUUUAUUAGAAAUAUUAUAGCCGUUAUAGGUACCUAAACAUUUUUAGAUUGAAAAAAUAUGUAUACAUAUACAAACAUAUAUGUAUAACAAAAUACUAUUUAAUAUUGUAUUAUUAUAAUUAAAUUCGAAAUAAAAUAAAACCGAUGGAAACAGAUUGUAAAACGUAUUACACUAUAAUAUUUUAUAUACAGUGAAACUUCCCUUAACGGACAUCUAUAGCGGACGUUUUUUCAGGAACGGAGUUAUUUUCACUAUUCAAGUAUAUAUAAGAAAACCUCUAAAUACAAGACACUUUUUAAAAUUAACAUUGACAGUUUUUAUCAUAAAUUUAGAAUAAUUGUAGGAUACAAUAUAAAAAUAUAAAAUACUAUAAUAGUAUAAUGUAUUAUGUACAUUAUUAUACUGAAUAGGUAUUUUUUAUAUUAUCUGUCCAGUCGUUUAAAUAUUAUUGCGUCGAUGAAAAUUUUGAUAUUUUAAAUUACUCUAAAUAGCGGCCACCUCUGAAUAGCCGACAAAAUUUCAGCGACCGAGAGUGUCCGGUAUUUAGAGAUGUCACUGUAUAUAUAUGUAUACAUAUGUAUUACAUAGGUAUCUAAUAUUGUUUUGAUUGUAAAUUAAUCUCAUUGUUAAUCUACAUGGCUGAAAUACGUAUAUAAGUGCAACAGAUCAUCAAUUAUAUUGCUAUUUAUAAAAUAAGGUAGUUUAAUAAUUAUAUCCGUUUUGGUCUUUCAUACUAUCAACAUUGGUUAGAUAUACACUACGAUUCCUUAAAACAUACGUCAUAUGUUUAUGGGUAGAUCAAUUUUAAAUAAUUACCCGAACGCACCUAGCUUAAAUUAAAGUUACCUACCUAAACAUUUUUGACUAUAAAUUCAACGAUGACGUUUUUUUUGUUUGGUUACGCGAAUAUCUUAUAGGAAUAGUGUUACGAAUAAUAAAAUGUAUUUACAUCUACUCCGAUAAUAGUAAAAUUAUUAUUAAUUGUUUCAUUUAUAACUUUGAAAUUGUUAUUAUUUCAGGUUAAAAAAAAAAAAAAAGCACAACAUUAACUAUAUAGGAGUCUAUAGCGGAAAAUUGUUUAGUCAAAUCAUAUUUCAAACGGAUGAGUUAUAGUAACCAUGUCAGAUAUGGAUAUUGUAGAAGUUGAUGAUGAAAAUCAAUUCCACAGUAUUAAAAAUGAAAACCACACAUUAAAUUCUCAACCAGGUAAUUUAAUAAAAACAAAAAUAUAUUAAUUCAACGAAUCUCAUAAAUUAUAUUCAUAUAAUUUAUGGUUACUUAUUAGUAUUAGUUAGUACCUGCCUAUUUAUUUUCAUACCUUGAUCAUUGGUUUAAGGAAACAAAGUGUUUUAAACUAACCUACUAUAACUUAACAAUAGUGUAUAAUUUUUUUUCCAAUAUUUAAUAUUAAAUAUUCUUAAAGAUUUAUAGUUUCCGGUAACUCUACGCUUCUAUAGCUGUUGUAAUAUAAAUUUUGUAAAAAAUAAUAUAAUAGGUAUCUAAUAUAAAAUAUUUGUGCAUGUAUAAAAAUCACAAUAUUUAGAUACCUAGGUAAUCAUAUUCAAUUAUUAUCGUGUCUUAGACUCAGUACCUAUGUAUUGAGUAUAAAAAUAAUAAAAUAACGAUUUUAUCUCAUUUUUCAAACAUUAAGUAGUUAUUGUAGCGCCGGGUUAGCGUGCUAAAGUAGAAUUGACGCUAGUCGUAAACUAACGUUCUGUACCUGGCACAGUAUUGUGUUUUGGGUAACCGCCAGCACGGUGUUGAACGAUAAAAACUGAUCGCACCUACCUAAAAGUGACAAAUUUAAUUUAAAACUUUUAAAUGUUAACUCGUUAUUGUUUAAUAGUGUGUCGAUGAAAUUGUUGAAAUCUAUAAUUAUACAAAGUGAGAUAAUCGGGAAUGCGUUGGGUGUCAUCGUCUAAUCGAUUGUAUAUAAUAAAUUUCCUUUUUUUUUUUUUUUAUACUCGAAUUCUUGGCUUUUUCUAAAUGAAAAACCCUUCUCAAACACACCUUGAAAACGCACAUUUGUGACCUACAGAUAACAAUGGUGAUAAUGUUUUCAUUGCUGGGUACAGAUAUACGUUUCACUUCGCUCUUCUAUGCAUAUUUAAACUAAAAUAAAUACUGUAAUGUGACUGAAAUUUUCCUACUUGAAAACAAAUUUUGAGUAGUGAUCUAAAAUUAUAUUAAUUGUUAUCUGGGUAACAAACUUGAGUAUAUUGUUUCCAAUAACUAUUUUUUUCACAUCACGUGUUCAAUUCCUUAUAGGUACAUAUAUAUUAAUAUUACAGUGGCUGUCUCGCCCGUUGGUAAGCAGUUGGGAAAUUUUCCGUCACCCUAUGUGGCUAUUUAAAACACCUAUCCACUUGUAAAGUUUUUUGACAAAUAUUAUUGUGAUUCUUUUAAAGUCUGAUCUUAGUAAGGAAUAUAUUGAUUUUGAUAUUUUUUUUUUCUGUUAACACAAUCAUUUAAAUCAGGAAUGGAUGGUUAAUGUUAGAAAAUUUUGUCUAAUUGGUGUAAUAAGCAAAUAUUUUUUUAAUAUUCUUUGUUUUUUUUUUAAUAAUGAAGAAAACCGAAAAAACAGGAAUAUUUACGCAGGUACUGUUUUUUUUUUAAAUUCAAUUUCGUUUAAAAUUCUGAAUGCAGUGUAUUUAAUAUUGGUUUUACUGUUUUUUUUCUGUCUGUUAUUGCAACUUUUUUACUAACAAUUUUGCUCCGAUUUUUAAGUGUAGUUUCUUUUUUGAAAAUACAUUUUAUCUUGUUAGUGUAAUGAAGAGGUAAUUUUUUGAUUUUUCUUCAAAAUCGAAGGAGAAAGGAAUAUUUACGCAGUUUCUAUUUCUGUUAUUUCGAUUUGUUUUUUUUCUUGUAACUCAGUUAGAAAUAAUCAUAGAAACCUGAAAAAUUCUUUUAUUUCAUCUGUUUCUAAACGUAGAUAAUUUUCAGAACACGCCGGUGAUUGUUUUAGCUUCUUUAUAACCAUUUUAAAUGAGUCUUUAAUAACAUUAUAUUUUCUUCCUAUCAGUCUAAUACGUUUAUAUUUCCAUCUUCUUUGACGCAAUGAUUAUCUUCGUGUUUUUGUUUUUGUGUUUAAACUUUAGUAGUUGAUCGUCGUCGUCGUCGUCGUUACUUGUUUUUGGCUCUAGGGUUUACGUAUAUUAGUGGCCAAAUAAAUAUAUCGAGUUUAUAUAACCUUUCUAAAAUACCUAUUUUACUGUAUUUUUAAUAACUUUCUUUGUCAGCACUAACAUAAUAAUUGUCUUUUAAUAUAAAGAAACUAAACGUGUAUCUAUAUAUAUAUAAAAAAAAGCCCAUUCUAUAAAUCCAGAUGAAAACUAUUUUUUCCAAUGCAUAAUCAUAAUUUUUCAUAUAUUCUCGAAUAGCGUUGAUUAAUUUUAUGUUUUUUGAACUUGAAAUUGAUUAGACGGAAUCGAAAAUCGUUCUACUAUCUUGCGGGAUACGGAAACUAAAUAACUUUAAGAAUACGCUAUAUUGUGUUUAGUGUUAUCAAAUCUCAUAAGAAGUUUCUUAAUUCAAUUUCUAAUCAUCUGCCUCUAAGCAGUUUUCAAAAACAUGUUAUCAUAAGAGUGAAAAUAAUUUUUCAAAAAAUAUGAGCCGGUUAUUAAGAAUUGUUGAUUAAAAAUCCCAUCAUCAGUAUCUAAAAUUGUACUAAUUUAGUUGAUUAACGUCGCCAUAUUAUAAUAGUUACAUAAUAGUUAGUUCAUUGGAUAUGAAAAAUGAUUGCACGUUUGAAACUCGACCGUUUUUUUCAUUUAUAAUUAUUACUCCUGGGUAAAUUUCUUUGUAUUGUAGAAAAUUAAUAUCCUCUAUACGACAGAAUUACCAUUAUCCUUUGAAAAUUGUCCUAUAGAAUCAACAUCGGCUAUAACAUUAAUUAUAUCAGUAGUUAUUAAGUUUAUAAUUCAUUAAAUGAAAUAUCAAUAAAUAAUUUUCAGGAAAUUAUGCGAAAUAUGUGCUCAAAAUGAGCAAUGAAGAAUGUGAAAUAUGUUAUGUAACCCGAGACAAAUAAAUCGAUAAAAAUUAUGUUUCUAUAGAUUGCCCUUGCCGACAUAAAAUAUAAGUACAUAAUCACGAAGGUUUACAGGGUAGUAAGAGUUCAACCCCAAAUAAGAAAAAGACAUUAUAUCACGUAUCAUAUACAACUAGUAUAUGCAUUAAAUAUAAUAUAGUUUUUUAUUUAUAUUACAACAGUUAAUAACUGGUUUUUGGCAUAGAUGAUUACAGUAUAUUUAUACAUGGUAUACUCAUUCAGCAUCCUUAUGAUUAUGCUUGUUAAUUGUUAUGAUUAUUUUUAUGAUCAAACUGUAAUACUUUUUAGAUUCGGGGCGAAGCGAUGAUCUAUUAUUUUUACUGUGGUGUGUAUUUUUUAUAUUCUGUCUGUAACAAAUUUUCGAAUAGAAAACUUUUUCUAACCAUAACAUGAUAUUAAAUACCUCUUUGUUGCAUUUUGGAUUAAUUAGAUCAUUUUAGUGCAUUAGAACAUUAGUGUGGUUUUUUAUUUUUUUUAUUUUUUAAGAGUUUUCAAAAUAAUUGGAAAAAACCAUAAAUAAAAUUAUAGGAAAUAUUUACGGCACACCAUGACGUUACGAAUUUCAUUUUUAGGCACUAUAUUUUCUACCAGAAAUAUUGCUUUAGUCGAAAAAUUCCAAAGAAUGUUUUUUGUUGAAUUUUGGAUUUAGUUAGGAAAAUAAGUAGUUUUUUUUUAUCUCCCAAGUAGUUUUUAUAAAAAUUGAGUAAACCCGAAAAAUACGUAGAAAAAACCAGAAAUACUAUGGAACUAAUAGUUCUGUCUUUUUUUUUUUAAUUGUAAUUCAAUAUUUUCUUUUUUCAAAAAUUGGUAAAAUUUUUAGAACAUUUUAAGGUUACGGAAUUUUUUACGUAAUUUUCAUUUGGUAAAUACUUUGUGGGUAUCAUUGUUUAACCAAAUCGAAAUACUUGAAAAAUUAACAGGAGGUACAUUAUAAGUUGUACUUAGUGUUCAAAAAAAGUAGAAUAUAGAGUAGAUGAUUAGUAGAGUAUGAUUCUUUAAAAAAAAAAUUAUCAAAUAAUUUCUUAUUAUGGGCUUAUCUUAUUAAAUACAGAGUGUAAAAGAACUAUUUGACAUUUUAGUUAAAUGUAAAAAUGUUUAAUAUUUUUGUUAUACUAUCCUGUAUAUAUUAUUAUACAUUAUAUCUCACAUUAUAUAUUAUUAUAAUCAGCAAAACCGUUUAAUUUUGUUCAAGAUGUGUUAAUAAAUAAUUAUAAAUACACGGAGGGGAAUCAUAGGAGACAUACCUUCCCAUUGGUAAAUAUUUUUAAUGAUUUUUCUCAUAAUCGUUUCAUGUUUAUCGUGUACAUGGUUUAUUUUCAUAUUUCUGAACAGUUGCGUUUAUAGAAUCAUCUAGUAAUAUAAUGAAUUUCUUCAACGCCCCCCCCCCCUCCAAUACCUAUAAAGUGUAUUUAUUACCUAUUUAACAGAAAUUUCAUAAAAAUGUUCUUAUAUUUUUAGAAACAAGGAACGGAGUAAAAUCAGAGAGUGUUCGUCGAAUGGUGGACAUAACUCGUGACAAACCAAUUAAAGUUUCCAUCAGGGUAGCCGUACCUGUAAGAGACCAUCCUAAGGUAUGCACUAGGGAUACAUUAUUUACAAUUAAAUUAAUGAAAUACUUAUCAUACAUAUUUUAUAUUUUAAUUAAUUGUGACAAACCGUGAUCUAUAUUAUUACGGUGCACUAUUAUUGAUGGUUUAAUGAUGUUAAAAUAAAAUAAAAAUAUGACGGUGAAAUAAUAGAAACUGGGUAUAUUCAAACUAAAUUCAAAUUAUCAUAUUGCAUUAUUAUACGCAAUUAUUAAAUUAUUUGUUAAGAGUUUCAAAAAAUGAUUUAUUAUAAAUACAAAAGUGUUCGUUAAGUUGAAAUUGUUUAUGGAUCAGAUUAGAAUUAAUUCAGUUAUUUAUAAUCAUUACUUUUUUUUAAAUUCUGAGCGUAGCGAUUGGUUUAAUGAUCAAUGUUUUUCAUUUUAAUCUUUGUCUGUGAACAACUUUUCUUGCUCCAAAAUAUCAAGUGUAGUAUAUUUUCUGGAAGUUAAUUUUUCCUAGUUGGUACAUUGAGUAGGUCAUUUUUUGAUUUUUCAAAGGGUUUUCAAAAUAAUUGGAAAAAACUCAAAAGAAAAUAAUUUAAAUAAUUUAUUUUAUUUUUAAACUAUUUAAAUUAUUUUCAUAUUCCUGAAACAAAACAGACAUAUUGUUUUAUAAUAUAAUAUAUGGUUAACAGCUUGUUAUAUGUUAAUGAUAACGUCAUUCAAAUAUUGAAUAUUCGCAUAGAAAAAUAUGUUGAAUUUUUGUACCACACUUUGAUAAAGUAAAUAAUAAACAUUUACACCUGUUUAACUAAUGAAGAAAAAAUAAUAUAAGAUACAUUAUAAUAGGUCUAAUUUUAGAUUCGGAGCGUAGCAAAAUUCUACCAGAAAUUUUUUGAUAUUGAUAUUCAAAGUAGUUUUCUUAAUAAUUGAGAAAAACCAAACAAAAAAUAAAAUAUGAUUUUCUCAAAUUAUAGCCCAACAACUUAAAUAUUUUAAAUUUGUAUGUGUUCCGUUUUCUACCAGAAACUUUGCUCCAAUACAAAAACAACAAGAGAUCUUUUUGUUAAAUUUUUAAUCUCGUUGGUGACGAAGAAAAUCUUUUUUUUUUUAUUCUUUGUAGUUUUUUUUUUAAUAAUUUAGUAAAACCAAAAAAUACGUAUAAAUAAUGGAAAAAUUUACUAAAAUAAUUCUUUUAUUAUUUUACAUUUUGUUUUUUAAUGUAAUUUAGUUGAAAAUAUUCGUAGAAACUUGAAAUAUUGGCAAAAAACUUGCAUUUUCUUUUUUUAGACGAGGUAAAAUUUUUAAAACAUUUGAGAAAUUUAUAAAUAUUUUAAUUUUGGGAAUUUUUUACGUGAUUUUUAUUUGGUAAGUACUUGGGAGAUAAAAUUGUAAUAUUGUAACUAAUAAAAAAAUGCUUGAAAAUUUAACAGAAGGUUCUUUAUAAUUCGUACUUAGUAGUAAAAUAAAAAAUUGUGUAUAAUGUAUUUUUUUCUGUUAUAAGAAUUUUAAAAUCAAAUUUUAACGAAAGUCGUGAAUAUUACGGCCUUUCAAAACAUUUAUAAUCGAACUUUGCUCCGAAUCGUUUUCCGUUUACAAUAGUUUAUCGUUAAUAACUGAUAUAAAUUAAAUAUCUCCAUGUACACCACUGUCAACCUAUACAACAGUGGUUGCACCCAGUGUUUCUUUCAGACAAUUUUCUCCGAGAGGGGGGCAUUUGGAAAAAUCGGAGAAGGGUCAUUUAUAUUACACCAAAAAAAAAAAAAAAUUAACUGUUUGAUAAUAAUUACCUUUUUUCAAAUUUAAGAAUAUUUUUAAAAAAAACUAGCUCUAAAAUGUUACUUUACCAUCAUUUUUGCUACCUUUAUUUUUGUGGGUGAAACGACUAGGUACCUACUUUUGAUUUUCAAAUGACAGUCUACGAGAUAUUAAAAAUGACAUAAAUUGAUAGAGGAUUAGUUUAAAAAUAUGUUAGUAGGUAUUUUAAUUUUUAAUUUUCUUCAAUCUGUUAACGAGAUAAUCCAGUUUUAAGUUUAAGCAGAUACAAAUAAGCAAAGUAGGUUAGGCUAUAAAAAUGUACAAGAAAAACAAAUAUGAUUUACCUAACCCUAUAUAAUAUAAUGCACAUAUCAUGCAUUCAUUCCUAUGCAUUACUUAAAAGUUAAAAAUAUAUUGAAAGAAUUGAAAUAGGAUUAAACCAUUUUGUUAAGUAAUAAUCUCUAAACUCUAACAUACCAUAGCGUUGAGUUAGUAACUUAUCAAUUAAAUUAAAUUAAAAAUAUUUAUUUAUUUAUAAUAAAAUUAUGUUUUUUUAUUGUAUAGUACAAAUUGCAAUGGAAUUUAUUUAUCUGUUCUAACACAACUAACAAUCAACAUUUUACCAUUUAGAACAAUGCUUCUUAAACUGGGGGCCGUGGUUAUAUGACUGGUGGGCCGUGAAAUAUUUAUUUUAUUUAAAAUAUUUUCGGGUUUUUAGUUAUUUAAUAAUAACAAAUUUCAUAUUUAAAUAUUGUUUAAUAGUUAUUACCAAUUCAUUUUGUCAUCAAAUAUGUUUAAAGUUUAAAACUAUUAUAAAAUUGUUUCAAAAAUUUAUAAAAAAAACAUUUAUUUAUUAUAAAUUUUAAUAGUUUAUUUGUGUGGAAUAGUCUAUGUAAUCUUAGUAUAAAAUUAAGAAAAAAUAAUUGAUGAUUUUGAUUUAGGGGAAGGAGCUUUGACAGUUUUAUAUUAAAUUUAGGGGGUCCAUAACAAAAAAUUUUGAGAAACACUGAUUUAGAAGAUAGUAAAACAAUAAGUUCACUACCACAGUCUACACUCUACAACAAUGAUACGCUUUUGAUAAAGUAAUAAAAUAUUUAUCUGAUAUUAUUUUUGGUGUUCAAUAGUAUUUAUCGUCACUGAUACCUUUACAAUAUUAUCUGAACAAUUAAUGAUUUCCAUCGGGAAAAAUUAUUUUGUAAAUAGAAUAGGUAGGUCAUUCAACGUGAUAUCAAAAUUAAAUAUGUCUAAAUAUGUCUUUACUAUUCUUCAAAUUCUUUCCGUGGGGGCCUUGGACAUUUUUUUUUUUUGAGGGGGAGGGGCUGAGUCCCCGGGAGACAUGCAUAAAAAAAACACUGAUCACACCUGUUCCCAGUAUCAGCCUUUUUUUUUUUUACACUAUCUAUGGAAAAUUUCUUAGAUGUUUGUUUUAUUUAUUAAGUUUAACAAUUUAAUUUCAAAUACAAAUUUAGAAGGAAAAAUAAACAGUGUUUUUUUUAAAUGUAUUCGUUAUAGUAAUAUAUUUGAUUUAUACUAUUUGUUUGCUAAAUAUAGGUACUUGAUUAUUAUUAAUAGUAUAUAUAUUAUAAUUUAAUUUCACACUCGGUAUGUUUGUUUCCAGUUUAAUUUUGUGGGCAAACUAUUGGGACCAAAAGGCAACUCUUUGAAGAGACUACAGGAAGAUACGAUAACAAAAAUGGCGAUUCUCGGACGGGGAUCAAUGCGUGACCGAAAUAAGGUACCUUUACCGAUACUUAAUUGAGCUAUAUUGACCUUAUAAUACAUAGGUAGACAAAUCUACCUAUAGUAGAUUUUUCAGAGUGUUUAUUAUGAUACUCCAUUCUGCAUAGGGCGGAAGUUCGAAUGUCAGACUUAUAGCUUAUAUAGGUACCUGGUGCAAUAAAGUUGCUUGCGUCAAAUACAUACAUAGGACAUAGAUUAUACAUACAUAAUAAUAAUAAUAUAAUAUUGUACUGAUUGUGCAUACUUAUAUAAUACGUACGCUCGAGUGGAGAAAGACGAGUACGCUUGAUUACCUGAGGGAAUAAGAAGGGAAAUUGCAUUAACUAUAUACUAACUCUAUAUACCGUGUCAACAGCGGGACAAAACGUUUUUCUGACGUGUGUUUUAAUUUGUCGGGAGUUUUUCGAGCCCCACGAAUGCCUUGGGUCAGAUUCGUGCGAAGAACAAACCAUAAAUGUACCUAUUAUCUAUAAUACAGGUCAUACACAUAUGUAUAAUGUAUGAUAUAGGUGUAGGUGCACAAUAAUAAUAAUAAUGAUAAUAAUUAGUAAUAGGUAUCACCAACAUCUAGUUAUUUUAUUUUAGUGAGAGUUUUAGGGCAGAUUGAAUUAUAAAUUAUUUACAAAAAUUUAUUUUACAUAUUAUACACGGUACCGGGUACACACAAUUUCCAAAUUCAAUAUUUCCCUCCCCGACAAAAUCCUAAAUACACCACUGCUGUCACCACCUCUGGUAUAGUAAUAUACUUCCUAUAUUUUAUUUAUAUCGUUACAUUUCAUAUAUAUAUAUAUAUAUAUAUAUAUAUAUAUAUAUAUAUAUUAUAUACGCAUUAUAUAUACUUCUCUCUUUCUCUCUUAGGAACCGUUGUUCAAUUAUCAUAAUAACUAUAAUAAUUAUAGUGUGAAAGUGCGACACUAUUAUAAAUAUUGUGCUAUAAUAUACCUACUUCGAAUUGAACUGUAUACUCGUAUAGAAAAUUACUGUGAUUCCUCCGGAGCAUAAAUAAAAUCACAUUCGGUAUACAAUAAUAUAAUAUGUGAUAAUGGUUGUUCGGCCACCCUCAUGUUAUCUAAAUGAAUAAUAUCGGAAUACAUAAUACAAGUUUAAUCUCCACUGCCCCUUUAGAAAAAUGUUAUGUUAUUUGUAUCGUAUAUUGCUUUACAUUACACUGUUUCAUAGUUUUGUAUUAUAUAAAACAUUAUGAAAAAUAUGUACCUAUAUUGGUACUAUGCGUUUUAGUCAAAACUCGUUUCAGUAUUAUACGCGUUUAGUCAGAUUUUAACUUUAUUUAUUCAAAAUAAAUUGUAAAUGAAAUACACGUCUGUUGUUGACGAAAAAUGUCAAUAUUAUUUUUACUUUCACGAUUUUGUAGCUGUUAUUUAUAUAUAUAUAUAGCUGCAGGCUACAGGCUACAAACUAUAAGUAUAUACAAUUAUAUUAUUUAUGUGUGUAUUAUAAAAUAUUAUAAUUUAGGGUGUAGUUUUGACAAAUUUACAUUUUACUAUAUUAUAAUAUUGAAAACACAAUAAUAAUAAUAUUAUGAUUAUGUUUUGAUAAGCAAGUGGGUACUGAUAUUUUACGUAAAUUAUAAUAUUUGUUGUUUUAAAUUUAAACUAUUGGCCAUUGGAUUUUAUAAUUUGCAUGUUUGCAAGCCCGGAUUAAGAUGAUAUUGGGCGUGUGGCCAAACGAUUUUAGGGAUCCAUAAACAUAUUCAAAAUAUUGGUGUUUAUACAGUAUUACCAGCCAAGGCCAGGGACCAACAAUAUUACGAUAACCAGGGGCCUGGGGCCAGGAGCCUCUGCUCCUCCUUAAUUCGGACCUGCAUGUUUGCUUAUAAAUAUGCAUUUUAUAUUAUUUAACAUAAUAUCAUAAUUCAUAAGUUUUAAAAAUUGUAACUUAUAAUUGGAAUACGAUACGUGAAAUAAUUAUAUAGGUAAUAGGUAUAUUAGGUAUUUAGGUGUAAUGCACUAAUGUGUACAAUAUGAAAUAUGAUGUGCAGUGGAAGUAUACAUAUUAAUAUUAAAAUCGUUUUAAAUAUAAAUUUAUAAUACGCAGCAUAUAUAGUAUAUUAUUCAAACUUUAAAGAUUCAGCGCAUAAUUACAUUGUUAACUAAUCAAAUUGUUAUUCAUAGGUCAAUCAUAUAAUGUAUACAAUAAAAUAUUAUUUUAAUUAUUUUUAUUUUUGUUUACAUUUAUAUUUUUUGAUUAUUCAUGGUACGAAUAAAAAUCACAAUAAAUAGCAAUAUUAGGUAUAUGCAUAUAAUAUUAAAAUUAAAAUACUAAAACUUUAAUCGGCUGCGUGUGUAAAAAAAUUAUUGAUACUAUAUUUUACUUUUUUAAGAUUAAUAGAAAAUUAUCAAGCACGAUAUAACCAUCAAAGACUGAAAUGUAAAAAGUGCCUUUAUAUUAAGUUUAAAUAUCAUGAACAAUGUACCUAACUACAAAAAAGCUACCUACAUAUAGUAAGCACACGGAAGUUCAUCUACUACAGUGUCCGGAAAUAAGAAACUUUCUGUAAAGAAUUUAAAACUUACUCGAUUCUUUUAUAUACAAUGGGUAUACAUAUACUGUUUAGUAUAUUAUAGAUUCCUUGCCACUAUUGCUAUCAAGUCAAUGUAUUUCCAAUAAUACUGGGUGAUCAUUUUAUCAUGAUCCAACAUUUUCUCAGAUGAUUUUAAGUGAAUUUGUUUUCUAUUUUUUCUUUUUUUUUUUUGAUCAUUAUAGAAUUGUUUAAGUUUUAUUUUAACACUAUUUUAAUGUUUUACUCCUAUAUCUUAUACCUGAUGAAUGGGUAUCCUCGGAGUUUAAAAUAGCAAUUCCUUUUUUAUCACAGAUUUAAAUAGAGAAUAUUUUUCGAGAAAUUUCGACAUGCAAAACAUUUAUAUCAAAUUUACCGUUUAUGGGUUUUAACAGUUUAAAGUUUAGACCGGAGAAAUAGGGAAGGGUAAUAAAUUGCAUAUCUAUAUUUUUAAAUAAUAAAUUGAUAACUCUGAAACUCUAGUUUCUAUCUCUGACCAUAAAGUAUAUUUCCCUUUUCAUACAUUAUAUAAUAUAUAUUUAUAAUUUCGACUAAAAGAUUUACUACAUUAUUUUACUUUAUUUUAAAUUUGUAAAAUUAAUAUUGACAAGUUUAUUAUGAAAGAAAUACCUACUCUAUAAUUCAUUGGAAAACAUUUGACUAAACAGAGAUUUACAUAACGUAUUGAUUUUAAAUAUUAACAUAACUACAGGGGCGCUUGUAACGUGUAGUCCGUGGACCACAUGGGGAUCGUGUUAUUCAUCCCCACACGCAGCUUGUAUAAUACAUUUGAAAAUAUGGGUUUUAUGACUACUUUUCGCAAAUUAUACCUAAAUUGAAGCCUAAUCAAAAUAAAACAGCAUUGAUCAUACUCUUAAACUAUAAUAUCUGUUAUACACUUUACGCACUAUCUGUAAUACACAUAUACUAUUUACAUUUUAUAAUUAUUUUUGAUUUUAUUCCGUUUGUAAAUACUUCGAUAUUUUGGUUACUAUAAACUUAUAUACUGCAAAGUAAAAAUUGUAAAUUAAUAAAAUGUAUGUACUAUUUUUUGAUUUAAGGAAGAAAAGUUAAGAAACUCGGGAGAUCCAAAAUUUUCACAUCUUAAAGAUGAUUUGCACGUUGAGAUAACAGCCUUUGCUCCUCCAGCAGAGGCACAUGCUCGCAUUGCAUACGCGUUAACAGAAGUUCGAAGAUUCUUAGUACCGGUGAGUUUUUCAAAGAAUUUUGUACACAGAUUUUUAAAUAUAUUGAUCAAAUUAGUAAUUUAAAAUUUAAUUUAGCAUAUUAUAAUCGUAAUUAAAACACUAAAAUGGUUCGAUACAUUAUUAUAUAUUAGAUUCAUUUUACCUUUAUAAUUUUACGGUAAGAACAUCUAUCAAAUUAAAAAAAGUGCAGAUGAUGUUAAUUUUUUUAAUACUAUGCGUUCCAUUUAUUAUUUAUGAGUACCUAAUUAAGAUAUUUAAAUAUUGCUAAAAUAUGAUAUUAUUAUUUUAUACUAAAUAUUGAAGAUUUAAAACUCAAUAUUACACCAUUUCAUCAGUAUAUAUAUAUACUAUAUAUAACUAUAGAUAUUGAAUAUUUAAACGGUUAUAUAAAUUAUUAUUUUUUAAAUUUGAAUUUUAAUUAGAAAACUAUUUUGGAUGAAUUUUAAUCUCAUAUUAAAUACAUAUUUAAAUCUUCGAAAUUGAAAUUGCAAAUUGUAUAAUAUUAUAAUUUCCAAUAAGAAUAGGUAUAUCGAAAAAAUUUGAUAUAUUUAUUUAGUUUUCAAUAUUAUUCUAUUUAGAGACCAAAAAAAAAAAAACAAAAUGUAUUGAAAAUGUUAUUUGUGUAGUACUACAGAUGUAUACAUAAUACUGAAAAGAAAAUGCGUUCCAUAUUUUUAAUUAAAAAAAAAAAUAAUAAUAACUAAACGUAAUGUAGCUGGUAGUUCCUUGGUUAGUGUAUAUGGAAAUAAUACACAAUUUACAACAGAGUUAUAAUACAAACAUCAUUGUAUUAAUUUAUUUCACUCCGGGUUUUAAAAAUGUAUUCCAGUUGACUCGUUUAAGACGGUUUACCCCUUUAAUACGAGACAAAGAAAAAAAUCCAGACCAAAGGACUGCUCUGUACGCGUAUAGCAUUCUUUGUUGAAAAAAACAUUUUAUUUUUAAUUACGUUUACCGUACCAUUGACCUGUUACCAUCUCGACUGCUAACGAUUCAAAAAGACAUUUUAUUUGUUAGGUAUUAUGUUGUUUGUUCGGCUACGACCGUCGUUCUGCGCGUAUUGCGCAUAUACGUACGCUUUUAAAUACGAUGUAUUAUUAUUGUAUACAACUGUUGAGCUGUGUGUGUCGACGCAGGAACUUUAUUUCAAACCGUUAAAUAACUCAAUUGAGAAUAUAAUUAAUUAGGUAGUACUCUCGCGUAUAGUGUACACAGAAAUACGAAUAACAUAAUAAUAGUAUACGUACAUCUGUAGAACGUAAAAUACAAUCAACAGAUUGCAUUAUUGAAUUUUUCGGAUUUGUAAACAAAUAUUGUAUAUUAUAUACGUAUAUCUACCGUUUUCUGAUAAUCGCAGGAUUAUAACGAUGAAAUACGACAGGAACAAAUGUGGGAAAUGCAAAUAUUGCAGAAAGGGUCGACGGCGGGGGACGCGACGGAUUCAGAAACCGGCGAAAGCGGAUCUUCGUCUCGUUCCGUGGACGAUAAUCAUCGUCAGAAUUACAAUGUCAUUCAUUCGACCGGAGAGUGUUCGCCAGUACAUACCAAACACGGCAACAACAUCAGCACCUGCAAUCGAACGAUAAUUAACGUUUCAGGUACGAUAAACACAUGUUCCACACAUCGCACUCAUGGUAAUCGGCUCUAACAAGUGGGGGCGGGGGAGGAUUGGGGCCCUCUUAUAACUCAGCCAAACCCCCAAAUUAAGUUCUUACCAAAUAAAUAUUAAGUAUGCAUUUAAAUAAUCAAUAUUGAUCAAUAUUAUGGAGUCUUAAGACCUCUCAAAAUAUGUGAACUAUUUGCGUUUAUUUACCCUUGGUACAAGUCUGCAGUCACAACUUGAAAUUUUUAAUGUUUGAAUUAAGUCUCCGAAACGAUAGUCGUAUUUUUUUCAUCUACAAAACGCUACACCGCCUAAGUUGUAACCGAAUCAACCAACGCCCCUGUAUAAUACAUUUGUGUCGGUAUUGUGUUUAUUCAUUUUUGCGGUUUACAAUAAUAAUAACAUUGCCACAUUUUAUCUUUGUAUUUAUGUAUUAUAUUUUCAUGUUUUCUUUGUAACUAAACAUAAGAAAUCGAGACUGCAAUAUUUUGAUUUGAGACAUUUUAACAUAAUUAUUCUCAACUGCUAAACAAAUUAUAAACUGCCAUUUUUUUCUAUUAAUAACUAAUAGGUAAUGAAUUUGUUCGUAUUUUUUUUUUAUUGAACAUAAUCUUAAUAAUUUCAAUUCGUGGCGUUAUUCAAUAUUUUAUCUGAAAUGAAAAACUGACACAAAACCAAAUAUAUCAGUUUUGCUUUUCAAAUAUCCUAACCUAACCUACAGCAAAACUGUCCUAACCUUAUUUUUUUGGAGUUUGGUUAAGAUUUAACUAAGUACCUGCGCUAAAAUAAAAAUUUAAUAGCGUCGGGUAAUAUAAAUGAAAAAAAUUUGUAAAACUUACCGUUUGAGACAGGAGUCAUAAGAAUGUUAGAAGAAUAUUCGGUCCACUGUUCUAGAAAAUCAUCGGUCUAAAAUGUUCAAAAUUUUUUUCCAAUUAAUUUAAUAAUAUUUAUAGUGUUGCUAAAAAUUCUUUUUUUUUUAAAAAAAAAAAAUAUCGGGAAUGGGAGGGCGGGAGUUUAGAGUUAGAUCCAAACAUCUAAAAGCCCCUCCAGAUAAGACCUCGAAUCCAUUCAACGCCGUAAAAAUGUUGGGAUGUUAACAGAAAUAUUUUUCCACAAACCAUUAAAAUUAAAGUACUUAAAUAAUAAAAUAAACAUUAUUUAUAAACGAGUCAUCACAUUGGCUCCAUAAAGAUACCAUGAUGGCUAGUACACCUCUAGUUUGGGAGCAGAGUUAAAAAAUGGAAUUUUCAUGAAAUUAUAUUUUUUGAUUUGUGAUGGUAGUCAUGUACAAAGAGUGCGAUGUAGAUAUUCAUAUUUACUAUAAUAUGUAUCUCAAGUUUACACAUAAUAUUUAUAGGUAUAGGUAUAAGUAGCUAUGUAGCGAUUAUUAUAUCCACGACCGACGUCAUCUGAAUUCUGCUUGAACCCACUACAUUCAUUACGUUGUUUUAAUACAAUAAUAGUUACCUACACAAAUAUUUCCUUUUCAACCAUCUCUUGUUCUUGUUCCAUUAUUAUUACUACCUAUAUACAAUACGGCAUUACCUACACAUAGACUAUAUUUGAAUUUGAAUAGUUAUUUACGAGUCUAAAAUCGAUUGGUUAAUGACGAAAGUUAACGCGAAUAGUUCUUAUAUAGGUACCACCUAUAUAUAUAUAUAUACUAUAUUGGCAUUUGUGUUUAUAGUUUAACACGUGACUGUCUACAUUUAGGUAGUUAAUGUGAUCUUUAUCUUUUUUUGGAUUCUCAGCAAAAGGUAUAUAUUGGUUUUUUUUUUUUUUUUAUAUUGUCAAUAAAUUUCUCCUAGAAAUCUUGCUCCAAUCAAAACAUGACAAGAUUUGUUGCAUUUUGGCUCUAGUUAGUACUUUAAAAAGGUCAUUUUUUGAAAUUAGUAUUCGAGAUUAUGCGAAAAAACUGGUUCUUUAAGUUAAAUAAAAUUAAGUGAUUAAAAAUAAGGUUGUCAUUGGCAAUCGUUUUUAUUUAUUUUUUAUUAUUAUUAAGUUUUUAUUAUUUAAUAUUUUUUAAACAAUCAUUAUUUCGGGAAAACGCAAAUUGUUGAAAAAUUAAUAAUAUUGAUCGAUCGCCACUCAGAAUCGUUUUUCAUUAGCAAUGAUUAAUCUUUGCGUACAAAAAUAAAUUAAUUUCCCCUUAUACUAUAUACCUUCGCAACUUCUCAUCUACAAUGGUGGUCCACCUAUGGUGCGAAGUAUGUCCGUCCGCUUUUUAGAUUAUUUUUAUUAUUUUUAUUUUUAGUGUCUGCAAACAAUUUCUCUAAUCAAAAACCGAUAAGAGAGGUUUUUUGUAUCAUUUUGAAUUUAGUUGAUGCAAUGAUAUUAUGGUACUGUUUUAUUAACGAGGCUUUAAGAAUUAUUUUCUAUAUUAAAGCUUCUAUAUCAUAGUUAAAUGCAUAGUGCACAGCUUAAAAUACACUCUAUACCCACAACAUAAGUUACAAUCUUAUUUAUACAUUAUGAUUUUUAAUACUUGUAGAAAUUGGUUUAUCUUGAAAAAAAAAACAAUAGCAAUAUUAAUUUAUACUUAUACAAUAUAUUUAAAAUUAAUCAUGGGGAAAUGAUUUAUUUUUGAACCAUAUAUAUUUUGAUACGAGUAUGUCACAUUUCUAUUAGAUUUAAAUUUACCUGCACAUAUUUGAAAUUUAGAAAAACAAAGCCAGAAUAAUCCUAAUGGAAUAACGGAAACUUCUGGAAGGAAACGCCCUCUCCUCUCUGGAGAGUGCGCUAAAGUAUCGAUGACUCCGUCAAAAAGGACAGUAAUGGCAAUUUUAGCAAGGGCUAGGACAGCUCAAGUACACGUUAAGGACAUGGUCACAUUUUCACCUCAUUUUAACGGGUAAGUAUCAUCUACUUAUACUUGCAUUAGUUUUAUAUUGUACGAGUAUAUUGUAAUUUAAUUUUUAAAACGAAAGUUCGCGCACAUUUGGUUCAUUAUAAAAACCAUAUAUAAUAUAAUUUUGUUUAAAAAUAUUCUUUCAUAACAUAUUAUAUAAUUUUGGUAUAUAUAUAUAUAAGUUUACGAUGUUUCGUUUCACAUUGUUCAUAUUUUAUAAAUAUUGUGUAUCAUUACAUUAAAACUAUUUUUUUUUUUUUUUUUUUUUUUUUUUUUUUUUUUUUUUUUAUUACAGACUCGUUCAAACAGACGUAUCUGCAUACAGAGAAAAGCCUNCGUUUCACAUUGUUCAUAUUUUAUAAAUAUUGUGUAUCAUUACAUUAAAACUAUUUUUUUUUUUUUUUUGAUAUUAUUUAUGUAUUUAUUUCUUUUUUUCUUUUUUUUUUUUUUUAUUACAGACUCGUUCAAACAGACGUAUCUGCAUACAGAGAAAAGCCUUUCAUCCCCACAACCAAUCUGCUUUUGAACUGAACAUAAAUUCUAUAAUUCUCUUCAUAGCAUCACCCAUAGAUUAUUCAAUCAAACUUCUCUGUAAUCACAUGAAAUAUAUGAAUUAUGAGUUAAUGUAUUUUUAAUCUCUUUUAAUACUAUAAAAUACGGUUAUUACUAUCAAUACUCAAUAAUUAAACAUAUUAUAUAAUAUAUUUAUUUUAAACACAACAGAUAUUAGUUUUAUGUUAGUUUAAAAUUUAAAAACUUCAUUAUUGUAUAAAUAUAGAGGAAAAAAAUUGCUCAAUAUGUAUAUAUCACCUACAUUAUUGUUAGUUAUUACACCUAAUAAUAUUAUAAUAUCCUGCACUAAUAAAAUAAUACGGCAAGCAUAGAUAUAGAAUACUAGAUACAGUAUUAUGUAUCUAUGAAUUAUGACUGAAAGAUAUAAUAAUUGUCAUAAUUUGACCGAAAUUAUUCCAAUAAAAAAUAUAAUAUUAUGCAGGUCCAUAUAGAGUUAUCUAUUUAGAUAUUUUAUUGACUUAUCAUAAUUUAAUUGGCGUACAUUGUACUUAUAUUAUAAUUAUCCAACAAAUAAUUAUAAUAUAUUUUAAAACAAUGUAUCAUGUACAUCAUCUUGCACAUUAAAACAAUUUAGUUAAUUUUAUUUUUAGUAAAACAUUUUUUUAUUAAUCAACUUUAUGUAAAGUAACACGAC